CCUAGUGAGUUCCACGUCCUUUUCCUGUUUGGUCAAUCCGCUCAUCCUUGGGAUCGAGAGACUAGGCGAUGGAGGAGAGAGAGUUCGGCGGAAGGAGGACGAUGGAAGGCAGCAUCCGGUGCUCGGCCAAUUACGUACCGCUGUCUCCGCUGAGCUUCCUCGAGCGCGCGGCAGUUGUCUACGCCGAUCGUACCUCCGUCAUCUACGGCUCCACCACCUACACCUGGAAGCAGACGCGCGAUCGCUGCCUCAGGCUCGCUUCCGCCCUCUCCACCCUCGGCAUCUCCCGCCAUGACGUCGUUGCUGUGCUUGCCGCAAAUGUUCCAGCUAUGUAUGAGCUACAUUUUGCUGUCCCAAUGGCCGGUGCUGUUCUCUGCACACUCAAUACACGGCAUGAUUCAGCCAUGGUCUCUGUUCUACUUAAGCAUUCAGAGGCAAAGAUCUUCUUUGUCGACUCCCACCUUCUUGAAAUUGGCCAGGGAGCAUUAAAGCUUCUCUCUGAGUCCAACAUCAACCCUCCCACUAUGAUCAUAAUCUCGGAUUUUAAUGACUCCAUUCCCAUAGUCCGAGGUGUUCAUAUGUCACUUAAUGCAGAUUAUGAGACCCUUCUGCAAACUGCCCCUCCUAACUUUGAGAUCAAAUGGCCCAAUGAUGAAUGCGAUCCAAUCUCGAUAAACUAUACUUCUGGCACUACUUCAAAGCCAAAAGGAGUCAUCUAUAGUCACAGAGGUGGAUACCUGAAUGCCAUCGCAACGAUUCUUUCCAAUGACAUAACAACAAUGCCAGUUUAUUUGUGGACUGUACCCAUGUUCCAUUGCAACGGAUGGUGCCUUGCAUGGGGCAUGGCAGCUCAAGGAGGCAUCAAUAUCUGCCUCCGAAAUGUUACAGCAAAGGCCAUAUUUGAUAUGAUUGCCCUUCACAAGGUAACCAACUUGGGCGGUGCACCAACAGUCCUUAAUAUGAUCAUAAAUGCGCCAAUCACAGAAAGAAAACCACUUCCUGGAAAAGUAGGAGUGAUGACUGGUGCUGCACCUCCCCCUUCCCAAGUCUUGUCCAAGAUGGAAGAGCUGGGUUUUACUGUCACUCAUGCUUAUGGUCUCACUGAAACUUAUGGUCCAGCAACUGUAUGUACUUGGAAACCUGAGUGGGAUGCAUUACCCCUCGAGGAAAGAGCGAAGCUGAAGGCCCGCCAGGGGCUUCAUCACAUUGGAAUGGAGGAGAUUGACAUAAAAGAUCCGGUCACCAUGAAGAGUGUUCCUGCUGAUGGGCAUACGAUCGGAGAGGUGAUGUUCCGAGGCAACACAGUGAUGAAUGGGUACUAUAAGGAUCUAAAUGCAACAAUGGAUGCUAUGAGUGGAGGAUGGUAUCGAUCAGGGGAUCUUGGAGUCAGGCAAGCAGAUGGCUAUAUACAGAUCAAGGAUCGAUCAAAGGACAUUAUAAUAUCAGGUGGGGAGAAUAUAAGCUCAAUUGAGGUGGAGUCAGUGCUCUUCAGCCACCCGACAGUGCUUGAAGCAGCAGUAGUUGCAAGGCCUGAUGACUACUGGGGUGAGACACCCUGUGCAUUUGUCAAGCUGAAGGAUGGUGUUAAUAUCAGUGCAGAGGAUAUUAUGAAGUUUUGCCGUGCUCGAUUACCUCAUUACAUGGCUCCCCGAACAGUUGUGUUUGAGGAUCUACCAAAGACUUCCACCGGGAAGACUCAAAAGUUUAUACUUAGGGAGAAGGCCAAGGCCAUGGGAAGCAUCUUUAGGAAGGGUGGAAGCAAGCUUUGAAGUCCUUGUACCAGUAGGCAGAGGUGAUCGAUGAAUCAUGCAACCUCUCACCUGGAUUGUAAUAUUAUUCAUUAGAGUCAAUGUGUUAUGACUUAAACUAUAAACUUAUAUGAUAUCACAAACGAAUUGCUCUCUAGAUGAGGCAUGUAUUUAGUGAUUUAAACUCAUGAAGAUAUGUCUGAGUUUCCAUUCA